AUGGACGAGCCACUCCCCAAUCCACCCGCAGAGCUCAAGGCGGUGCUGCCGUUCGUGCAGAGGGCCAACGAGCUGCGCACCGCCGACAAGGUGAUCGCUUACUGGUGCUGCUACUACGCGGCUCAGCUCGGUAUUGCUGGCAAUGCAAAGGAGAACGAGAGCAAGAUGUAUCUGCUCACACUCAUGGACACGCUCGAGGAGCUCAAAGCCAAAUUGGCAGACAACGACGCUGUGACCAACGAUGCAGCCAGUGCAGCCUACGUCGAAAACUUUGCGCUCAAGGUGUUUGUUGGGGCUGACAACGAAGACCGUGCAGGAAAGGCGACGAGAGCGACACCGAAAAAGUUCCUCGCGGCAAGUCAGUUUAUCGAGCUGCUCAAGAUCUUUGGCACGCUCGAGCCCGAGAUGCACGAGAAGAUCAAAUAUGCAAAGUGGAAGGCUGCCGACAUCGCAAAGGCGUUCAAGGAAGGCAGGAAGCCACAGGCCGGUCCUGCAGGUGGCGACCCAAAGCUGGAAGCUGCCACCCUCGAGGCUGCCAUGGGGCCAUCUACAGUCGACAGCAAGGAAGAAGAGGAAUAUCUUGCUCGAGAGAUGGCCAAGCUGACGACAGCAGCUCCGGACGAGCCGCCAACCAAUGCAGCAAGUGGGCUCGGGAUGACUCGUGGCAGCAGCUCGAUGAGCAACGACAAAGCUCUGCAAGCACCAUCCGACUUUGCUCCAGAAUCUCAUACAUUGGAUAGCGCUUCGCCAGACGCAGAGGAGAUGUGGAAGAGCAGGGGUAAGCCCGCCGCAGAGACCCUAUCGCGCAGCUCUUCUGCGCAGCGACGAGACAGCCUGGAUCGUCCACAGGUUCAACCCUCGAGCAGCUUCACGUCCAACCUUGGAUCAAGUCCUGGAUCUCGACCACUCCCUGUUCCGCCACAAAGGGAUGGUCUGCCCAUCCCACCGAUCAGCGCACAUCAGCAGCUGCUUGGAUCCAGUCCAGGUGUUGAUCAAGGAGCUGGCAGCGGCGGAGGGCCUGGUGCCGCGCCUGCUUCGUUCUGGGGAGCUUCUGCGCCGACGUUGGACCGAGACGAUUCGGCUGGUGCUCCAUCUGUACUUCCGUCUGUUCCCUCGGACCAUCUGCCGUCGCUAGGCAGCAGUGGGCUAGACAGCGGCCACCCGGCUAUCGAGAGAAUCGAUCCGCCGCGCUCGCCGGGCAUACCGAGCUUACCAACCACGCCCGGGAUGCUUCCGGGAGCGUCUGGUGCACACCAAGGCCCUUCCAUCCCAUCGGUACCGCCCACGGCGCCCACGACCGACUCGUUUGCGCCUCCUCAGCCGCCACGUCCCAUCGUUCCAUCGGUUGCAGCGCAAACUCCGGCCAGACCAUCUGCACCGUCAGCGCCAGCACUUGCGCCGGCGCCGGCGCCACCAGCUGUUUUCCCCGAAACGCUCGAUGCCAGGCUCUCCACGCGAGUUCAGAAGUUGGCCAAGGGAGCUGCCAGCGCUGUCGACUUUGAAGAUCUCGACACUGCUCGCAUUCAGUUGCGCCAGGCACUUGACAUUCUAGAAGGCAGAACGACCGUCUAG